UCACGGUUUUAAGAGCAGUUUUUCGCAAGUUUUUACGCAGUUAAUCUUGAAAAAAUGUGAUUAAUAACAAACCAACCCUUAGUUUACAAACUGUUUUUUACUAAUUAUCGAAUCUCGCGAAAAAUCGGACAUUCUGAACAAUAACAAUUUCAUAACGAUAAUCUCCAUACAUUAAGUUAUUAUUCAAUUCAAUGCAAUGGCAAAGGUCAGUACUCAACGUUCGUAAAGCGAUGCAAAUCCAAUAAACACAAUAAAAUCAGUCGCAAGAAUCUAAAGAUGUAUCGAAUUUUAACACCAACUAUUCUUCUUAUAACAUCUUUAACCACAAAUAUUUCCUGCAACGUAUUACGAGACGUCGAACAAGAAAUCCGCGAGGACAUCUUCGACAUAUACCGAGGCGUCGCCAUUAAAACCAAAGAGAUCACCGGCAACAAUGUCACCAAGGACCAGAUGAAGCUGCGCAUGUUCCGGAACCGCCCGGAACCAACCAAACUCGUCCUAAACGACACCGAUUUGCACCUUUUGCGCAACACCAAAGGCCGGCUGGUGUUCAUCACGCACGGCUGGACAGACAGCUCGGAUUCCGACUGGAUGUUGAAUCUAAAAGAAGCCUUCCUGACCAAAUACCCCGACGAUGUUGUUAUCCUCGUUGAUUGGAGAGAACCCGCAGGGAAGCUCUAUUACAUAUCGUCGAUAAAUGUUUAUGACAUCGGAAACUUCCUGGCGGAGACGAUCGAGAAACUGCUCGACGAGCACGAUAUCAAACCAUCCCAACUGCUUCUGAUAGGCCACUCGCUGGGCGGGCAAACGAUGGGAUUCGUCGGGAAGCGCCUGCAAAAGAGCGGCAGGAAGCUGCCCCGGAUCGUCGCCUUGGAUCCCGCCGGGCCCCUGUUCGACAUCCGCCCGGCGGACAAGCGUCUGAACCCCAGCGACGCCGACGUCGUCGAGGUGAUUCACUCCGACGCCGGCACCUUCGGCUUCAAGGACAGCUGCGGCACGAUAGACUUCUACCCCAACGGAGGCAACAUGCAGCCCGGAUGCUACAGGGUGGACAUUUCGAGUUUACCGGGUGUUAAAGAACCCGUUUUAUGCGAUCACAGGCGAUCCUACCACUACUUCAUCGAGGCAGUGCCCCACCCGAAGGACUACUUGGUGGCCGUGGAAUGCUCCGAGUGGAACGUGCUGAGGAAAACGUGCGAUUUGAACAAUACGGUGGCUUUGGGCGAUUUAACGACCACUAAAACGGGUGAAUUCUAUUUCAAUACCAACAGGAAUUUCCCUUUCAACAUCAACCACCUGGGGCAACCUAGGGGCUUCAUUGACGCAGUGGAAUCGGUCGGUAGGGGAGUGAAAAACGAAGCCGAUGAAGUCUCAAAAAAGAUUAAAAACGGUGUCUCGAAAUUAUCGUCUGGUGUAAAGAAUUUAUUCCACUGAAUUUCUGGUCAAAUUUACAAUCGUAAAUUUGAUUUUUAUUUAAAACAUGUUUUUAUAAAAACAAAUUACCUAUUUACAAAUUGAAUCUACAUGUAGAAACCAGUACAAACAUAUCAAACAUGUUCACACCUCUUCACGACUAUCUCCUUUACCACAACGUUACUCAAGUCCUUGUAAUCCACUGAUUUAGGUAAAGUUACUUGGCAUAUCAAGAGUUCCUUACCUGUAGAUUCGCAAGACCUGUUCAAACAGGCCAAAGAGAGGUUGUCCAUCGAUCGACCCGUUUCAACUCGCCCCAGCGACUCGUCCAAAGUCUCCACUAUCACCACAUAGGAGGCGUGGAAAUGCGCAGGGCCUUCUUUGUACAACACUGAAAUAGACAGAUGACAAUUUGACAUAUAUUGACAUGUCUAUCUAAAAUUUCGAUAUACUUACGGAAAUCCCCUCCGAAUUUGAUGCCCGGUUUCACGAUCCAAUUCUUCGAGCGGAAAUGAACGUAACUCACGUAAUUUCCCACGAAUCGCGAAUCAGUGGCGGAAAAAGCCGACCAUAACCGAUCGCAUUCGGAAACGUCAUCGCCGUUGACAGCUGUCACAUCGAUGACGUCCAAGUGGUGUUUGAGGAAAAACGCCUCUUCCAAACCGAGACAGAGCGCCUCCCGCGAUCCUGACUCGUCCAAAUGGUAUUCUGGCGAUAAAAUCGAAAUCGAGACAUCGUCAUUUACAUUUGACAUGUCAUUGACGUUUGACAAGUCGUUAUCAUCGUCGGAAUCGGAUAUAACGACAAUCUUCCUAAUACAUCGGCUUUCUUUGGUUUUUUCGUCUGGCUUUUUGAUUCUACGCCAUUUCCGGCGAGCCUCGAACUGCCUUUUUCGCAAAAUGGCGUCGAAGGAGGUUGGCAAGCUUCGCGAAAGAGAGCCUUUACCGAAGCAUCCAGCACGGUAAACGGCCAUUUUGUCGUCAACGCGCACUGUAAAGCCAUCGAAGAAGGCCGGGAUUUUUCGAGGGAAUGUCGAGACCAACUCGAAGUUUCGAAAAAAUCGUUUUGAUUUGGAUUUGGGGGGCGUAGGAGAGUCCAUUCGGUCUGCCAUCUUUAUUUUUCAUGAGUUCAUUGAAUUGACUAAUGACAAU